AUUCAAUUCUCAGUUCCCAAAUUUCAAUUGGUUUGAGGCUUUUACCACUGAUUCUCAGAUCUAUUCUCAAUUCUCAAUCUCCCGUCGCUUCAGAAUCAGAAUCAGCCAAAAAUGUCGAGCGACAGCGACGAGGACGAGCUGCUGCAGAUGGCUCUCAAGGAACAAGAACAGCGCGAUGUCAAUUAUCUCCCUAAUUCUCGCAAGCCCGUUGCUAAUUACGUCCAACCGCCGUCUCAGCACCGGAAAUCUGCUUCUGCAGCUGCUUCUAAAACCAGUGGCAGUAAUGCGCAGCCUAAGGGUGGUCGGACGGUUGUUGACGAUGAUGACGAUUCGGAGGUCGAGAUGCUGAGCAUUUCCAGUGGCGAUGAGGAUUCCACGAAAGAUCAACGAGCGUCCGCCGGUGGAGGACGCGGUGGUAGGGCGGCUAGGUCCUCUGGAAGGGACGAUGAUCCGGGCUGGGACGGCGAGGAGCCUCAUUGCUGGAAGCACGUUGAUGAAGACGAGCUCGCUAGAAGAGUACGUGAAAUGCGGGAGACAAGAACAGCUCCCGCUCCUCAGAAGUUCGACCGAAAGGUAUCUGCAGUCGGUAGACCGGGACUCAGCAAUUUGCCGUCGAUGCCUCGUGGUAUGGAAUAUAUAGAUCCACUUGGGUUGGGAGUAAUAGACAGUAAAUCAUUAAGAUUGAUCACAGAGGAAUCCGAGAAUUCUCCUUCUAGGUCUGAGAAAGAUUACAUUGAUGGUACCCUACGAGAGAAGUUACUGUAUUUAUCUGAACGGUUUGAUGCGAAGAUUUUCAUUUCUCGGAUACACCAAAACACAAGUGCAGCAGACUUGGAGAAAGGCGCUCUUGCUUUAAAAACUGACCUUAAAGGCCGGACCCACCAAAGAAAACAAUUAGUCAAAAACAAUUUUGACUGCUUUGUAUCAUGCAAGACCACAAUUGAUGAUAUUGAGUCGAAGUUGAGACGAAUUGAAGAAGAUCCUGAAGGUUCUGGAACUUUACAUUUGUAUAAUUGUAUUCAAGGAGUAAGUAAGCAAGCAAAUCGGGCUUUUCAGUCUCUGUUUGAGAGACAGGCACAAGCUGAAAAGAUCAGAUCAGUCCAAGGAAUGCUACAAAGGUUCAGAACGCUUUUUAACUUACCAAGUACCAUUCGCAGCAGCAUUAGUAAGGGUGAAUAUGAUCUGGCAGUUCGAGAAUACAAAAAAGCAAAGUCAAUUGCUCUGCCAUCUCACGUGGGAAUUUUGAAAAAAGUUCUUGAGGAGGUUGAAAAAGUGAUGCAUGAGUUCAAAGGCACACUUUACAAUACAAUGGAGGACCCACAAACAGAUUUGACAAACCUUGAAAACACCGUGAGACUAUUACUGGAGCUGGAGCCUGAAUCAGAUCCUGUGUGGCAUUAUUUAAACAUACAGAAUCACAAGAUACGAGGAUUACUCGAAAAGUGUACCUUGGAUCAUGAAUCGAGAAUGGAAGCAUUGAAUAAUAAGAUGCGGGAAAGAGCUUUUGCUGAUGCAAGAUGGAGGCAGAUUCAUCAAGAUCUGGAUCAAUCUUCAGAUGUUCAUCAUUCUUCUGCUUUGGAUGGCCAUCUCCCGUUGGGCGUGAAACCAGUGGAAGUAAAUAGUGAAGAAGUUGAUGCUCUUAGAGCUAGAUAUAUUCGGAGAUUGACUGCUGUACUUAUCCACCACAUACCAACGUUUUGGAAAACUGCUCUUUCUGUUUUCAGUGGGAAAUUUGCCAAGUCCUCUCAAGUUUCUACUGAAUUUGCUAACACAUCGGCUAGCAAAAAUGAGGACAAGGUUAGUGAGGGUAGGUACUCAAAUCAUUCUGUGGAGGAAGUUGCUGGGAUGCUUCGCAAUACACUAUCUGCAUAUGGAGUAAAGGUUCACAGCACCUUUCGUGAUCUUCAAGAAUCAAAUAUACUUCAGUCAUAUAUGAGUGAUGCCAUUACUGAAAUAUCUAGCGCGUGUGAAGCUUUUGUAGUGAAGGAAUCAGCUCCUUCAAGUGCUGUGAUUGCACUGCGAACACUUCAAUCAGAGGUGACAAAGAUUUACAUUUUAAGGCUUUGUGCCUGGAUGCGAGCCUCCAUUGUAAGGAUUUCAAAAGAGGAAACAUGGGUCCCUGUGUCAAUUAUCGAGAGGAAUAAAUCUCCAUACACAAUCUCCUUCCUGCCACUAGCAUUUCGAUCUAUCAUGUCUUCAGCAAUGGAUCAAAUAAAUUUUAUGGUUCAGUCUUUGGCAAGUGAGGCUUCAAAGUCGAAGGAUAUAUUAUUACAACUUCAAGAAAUUGAGGAAUCUGUUAGACUUGCAUUUUUGAACAGUUUCCUUGAUUUUUCAGGUCAUCUAGAGAGUAUAGGAAGUGAGCUUGCCCAGAACAAACAAAACAAAGAAAGUCCACACUUGGAAUUACUUUCAGAUGUGCGUGGGAGUAUUGCGAAUCCACAUCAGCAAUUGUUAGUAGUCUUGAGUAAUAUUGGAUUUUGCAAAGAUGAGCUAACAUGUGAAUUGUACGGCAAGUACAAGCAUAUUUGGUCGCGUUCUAGGGUAAAAACUGAAGAGGUUACCAGUGACCUACAAGAUCUUGUUAUGUCCUUUUUUGCACUUGAAGAAAAGGUCCUUGAACAGUACACACAUGCAAAGGCAAACUUGAUGAGAAUAUCUGCCACAAACUAUUUAUUGGAUUCUGGAGUCCAUUGGGGAGCUGCUCCUGCAGUUAAAGGUGUGCGUGAUGCAGCUGUAGAGCUACUCCACACUCUUGUAUCUGUCCAUGCUGAGGUUUUUGCUGGUGCCAAGCCCCUUUUGGACAAGACUCUAGGCAUUCUUGUUGAAGGUUUAAUUGAUACUUUUCUUAGCAUUUUUGAUGAAAAUGGAACAAAAGAGCUACGAUCACUUGAUACAAAUGGUUUCUGUCAACUCAUGCUUGAGCUUGAGUACUUUGAGACCAUAUUAAAUCCUUAUUUCACACCCGAAGCAAGAAAGUCUUUGAAGUCUUUACAAGGAGUUCUUUUGGAGAAAGCUACUGAAGGUGUGACAGAUGCAGCUGAUAAUCAAGGCCAUAAUCGUCAGUCAACUCGUGGGAGCGAGGAAGCUCUAGAUGAACGGCAGCAAGGAGCAGCUGCCCCAGAUGAACUUAUUGCACUGUCUCAGCAGUACAGCACAGAGUUACUUCAACAAGAACUUGAGAGAACGCGAAUAAACACUGCUUGCUUCGCGGAGUCGAUUCCAUUAGAUUCUGUUCCAGAACCAGUCAAGGCUGCAUACACAUCAUUUAAUGCCACUUACAGAGGCACAACUGCCACUGGAUCUCCGAGAUCCUCUUCCCGGAGCAGGCAACGUUUGUAGUCUCAUACUUGUUUGUUUGAUGAAUAUUCCCAUGUCAAUGCAUCGGUACUAUUCGUUUUCAUUCAUCCUUGUAAUUAAAUCUUCAUUGAUAAUCCUUGUUUUAUUCUUUCCAUGGUCAGUUUUUCUGUCUUUGGUUAAUGUCUAUUAUUUACUUUCAGCGAUGUGGGACUGGCUGUAUUUUUUCCGAGGCUACGUUAUGUUUCUCGAUGAAUAUUUUUGUUAAUAAUAUGCUCGAACUGUUUUUGGUUUAUACAUU